ACCAAAUGAAUUUAAACUUCCCUUCUUUAUUAUAGCUACUUUAUUAGCCUUCCAGGGCCUACAUCAUCUUUUGGCUACACCUGGCGCUCAAUAUUUCGGGUAGCGCCAGUGUGUAGCUUUCUUCGGGCACCGCUAGGAGUUGGUCAUCCCGGGCUCCCCACAUAUGUAGCAGCCCCUCUGCUACGAUCGGGAUUAAGCAGCCUCCCGAUCUCGUGUGGCCUGCUCAGUAAACCGAGGGGAGUGCUGGGCGUCGACUCCUUGGGAGGCGGUGAUGGUGACGUUUCUCGCCGUGGCGGUCGCACGUCCAUCCUGCGACCUGACCACGAUUGUGGUGUCAGGAGCCAUACGCCCGUCUACAUGGACCGUGAGCAUCGGCCCAGUACCAGUAGCUCCCGGGGCUCUCUUCUUCUGAGCCGGUGCCGGGAGCGCUGCGGGGGACUCCUGUCCAUUGUCUACCCGCAGCAAUAGUCAUAUAAAUAUGUUCAUUUCAUUAAAAAUAUUAUUUAAAAUCCUUUAAACUUUACAAUUUCAUUUGUAACUGAAUAUAUAAAAAAAAUAAUUAAUCAAAUGCGCCGUCAACAGCGUUGAUGUCCAGACUGCUAGGCAGCGGGGAGCAGCGGUGAUGGUGCUGAAGCGCCGGAGGGGAAUCAAGUUUUCAACUGCUACUGAUCUGCGUGAUGACUCACUCUUUCUGCUUCCGGAUGCCGCUGAUUAAAUUUUGGUUCCUGCAUGCGACGCUAAUUCGAUUGCCCGACGUGGCACCUUUUCUUUUCUGUACUUCCACUCGUGCUACGUAAUUGUCAAAAUUACGAAGUCGUUUUUCUUUGUUGAACAAAUAGUAAAUUCUAAAAUUCGCACGCAGUCUACCUCAUCGAAUUAUUUUUUCCGUUCCUUAGUUUUUACUAAAAACAGAACCUAUGACCCAGCGUUAUGACCCCUCGCCCUUGCCUCGCGAUGCUCAACAAUACUACCGCGUAGCGCCACAGUCUGGACGAACAAACCAUCAUGUUUAUCAUCCACAGCUAUCGAGACACCAAAGCGGUGUAGUUUAAUCAUCGGCAUUCCUCUUGUUUUCGUAGUUUUUUUACCGCUGUCAGCGUUAAUUAUAUUUAAGCUUUGUAGUGUGUGGAUUAUAAAUAAAAUAGUAUUUACAUUUAUAUGUGGAGUGCUAGUUAUUCCAAAUAACAAAAGACCAUGCUACAGCGAAACUGAACAACAAAUCGGAAAGUUAGAUUGUUACUUACUAUUUACGAUAAUUUCGAAAAAGUAAGAAGGGUGCAAUUAAGAUCAGCUAAGGUUGGGGUAGGUGAGGUUUGAAUUUGCUUAGCGUAGGUAUAGGGAAUUGUUAAUCGAAAUAAAAAUUUACCGUUUAACAUACGGGGUGUCAAGAAUUAGUUUACAUCAGAGUUUGAAUUAUUGUCAUCUAUUAUUUUAAUAAAGUACCAUCGACAUGGUAAAGUUUGUGAGUUUUUAUUUCUUUGUGAGUAUGGUCAAAACUAUAUUUGGUGAAAUAGAACAAUUUGACAUAAAUGGUUACAUUGCUUACUGUCCUUGCAUGGGACGAUUUGGAAACCAGGCUGAUCACUUUCUAGGAGCUUUAGGAUUUGCCAAAGCCUUAAAUCGAACAUUAGUUUUACCACCAUGGGUUGAAUAUAGAAUUGGAGAAAUUAGAUCGAUACAAGUUCCUUUUGACACUUAUUUUAAUAUUUCUCAAGUAUUAAAUUAUCACAGAGCAAUUUUAAUGGAAAAUUUUAUGAAAGAUGUAGCUCCAGUACAUUGGCCUCCCUCAAAAAGAAUUGCUUUUUGUUAUAAAGGGAGAGGGAGUACAGAUUCAUGUAAUGCUAAAGAUGGUAAUCCUUUUGGCCCAUUUUGGGAUACAUUCAACAUAGAUUUUGUAGGUUCAGAAUUUUAUGGGCCAUUGCAUUUUGAUGUGCAUCAUACUGAUAUGGCUUUCCAAUGGCGACAAAAAUAUACUUCAGCAAAAUGGCCAGUGUUAGCAUUUACUGGAGCACCAGCCAGUUUUCCUAUUCAAAUAGAAAACAAAAAACUUCAAAAAUAUUUAAUCUGGAAUGAUAUUAUGAUGAAUAAAGCUAAAUCAUUUAUAAAAAAUACUUUUCCACCUGGAGCAUUUAUUGGAAUACAUCUACGAAAUGGAAUAGACUGGGAAAGAGCAUGUGAAUUUAUUUCUAGUUCUCCAAAUUUAUUUGCUGCUCCACAAUGCUUAGGGUAUAGGAAUGAAAGAGGCAAAGCAACUCAUGCUAUGUGUUUACCUUCUUUUGAAUUGAUUGUUCGCCAUAUAAAACGAGUUAUUCGUAAUGGUAAAGAUGUGAAAUCAGUUUUUAUUGCAUCAGAUAAUAACUAUUAUAUUCCAGAACUAACAAAAGCUUUAGAGAGGGUGGAUGUCAAAGUAUUUAGGCAAGUGGAAGAUAUUUCACCUCAUCUAGAUUUAGUUAUACUUGGAAGAGCUAACUAUUUUAUUGGAAAUUGUAUUUCCUCCUUUUCGGCUUUUGUAGCACGAGAAAGAGAAGUAAAAGGGUAUCCUACAUAUUUUUUAGGUUUUCCACCAGAAAAAACUGCAUCUUCCACAGUGCAUGAAGAAUUUUAAGAAGUUUAGUUAACUAAUUAGCAGUGACAUGUUUUAUAUGCGCUGUUUAACUCAAAACUUAAAAGACUUUCCACUCUGUGGCAAUUUUUACUUAUAAUUGAUCAAUUCAACCA